AUCAACAGCCACUUGACGCAGUUGACUUGGCGGGGAAGCGAAUGUUUUCCGGUGGUCGGUUGUUUCAAACAAAGCCACAUAAAUUUCACUUCCUUUUUUCACCUUUCCAACCGCCAUUGUAGAACUACUCACAUGGUAUCACUCAAUCCGAAUCCACACGAAGGCUUCUACUCUGAUUCGUCCGCCAUGGUUAUGGCCUCCUUUUCCGCUCCCGCAGUCGUCGUUGUUCCGCCCUCCGUUAACUCCUCGUCUGCCGAUGACGCUUCCAAGAAGAUCAGGAAACCCUACACCAUUACUAAGUCCAGGGAGAGCUGGACCGAUCCGGAGCAUGAUAAGUUCCUAGAAGCCCUCCAACUUUUUGAUCGUGACUGGAAGAAAAUUGAAGCUUUUAUAGGCUCAAAGACCGUCAUUCAGAUUCGUAGUCAUGCACAGAAGUACUUUCUGAAGGUCCAAAAAAGUGGUAUUAACGAACAUCUGCCCCCUCCUCGUCCUAAAAGGAAAGCUGCUCAUCCAUAUCCGCAAAAGGCUGCAAGAAAUGCUCCGGCGAUCUCGCAAGUUACAGCAUCUUUCAAAACCUCACCUGCUCUUAGUGAACCUGGAUAUGUACGAGGGACCAAUCCUUGUACACUAGUGAUGAAUCCUGUAUCAGAUGCAGCUGUUUGUUCUCGAACCCAUAACUCCAUGGAUUUUGGUAGUUUACCUCGUAUGGCUAAAGAUGAUAGGACACCCGGAGGCCAACCAGCAGCUACUAACUGUUGCAGCAGUAAUGAAAGUGGCCUCAAAACACGACCCACAAGUGAAACACAUGAACAAAGGACACAUGGGCUUCCAUUGAGAGUUCUGCCCGACUUUGCUCAAGUAUAUGGCUUUAUUGGUAGUGUCUUUGAUCCGAGUACCAGUGGUCACUUGCAGAAACUCAAGAAGAUGGACCCUAUUGAUGUUGAAACGGUAUUGCUGCUAAUGAGAAACCUAUCCAUCAAUUUGAGCAGUCCUGAUUUUGAGGAUCAUAGACAGUUGUUGUCAACGUAUGAGGUUGAUUCGGAGAAAGAGAACUCGGAUGAUGUGAUCGACACUCUUCUCGACUGUCAAUCUGGACAAGAUUUUAGUCACCUUGGGACGUAAAAAGAGGAAGGAGUGAGGCAUGACGUUUUAACUUGACUUUUAAGUAUACAACUCAUUAUGUUGGCCCCUGCUUCUGCUGAUAUGGAAGUGUUCCGGGGGAAGGGAUGAAGAGGAAGAAAAAUCUAUGAUGAUGUAACAUGUAAAGGCUAGCUAGCUAAUGUAUGCAUGCAUGAUGUAUGUAUGUAUGUAUGUAUAUAUGUAUGUAUGUAUGAAUUUAUAUGUGGUGUGAGUGAAUGUUUUCACAUUUUUCAAAUGGAUGCAUGCAUCCUGGUUUACCAGUUUCUGUAAGGUCCUAAUGAAGCUUAAACAUGUAACAUAGUUUUUUGA